UCGACUCAAUUUGGCUUCGUUACUCGCAGUAGGGUUGCAGCAGAUAAACGCCACCACUCUUCUUUCUUUCCUUUUCUCUCUGUCUCUUCUCAUUUCGCAGCCUUCUGAUACAUUAAAAAAAAAAAGCCUUAACAAAACCCUCUCUAUCUCUCUGUAAAAUUUUCUCGCCUCUAAAUCCUUCGUAUUUCUAUCUAUCCUACAAUCUCAAUCUCAUUCAUUAACGAUGGGAGCUUCUUUGCCUCCCAAAGAGGCCAACCUCUUCAAGCUCAUCGUUAAAUCAUAUGAAACUAAACAAUACAAGAAGGGAUUGAAGGCAGCAGAUGCUAUAUUAAAAAAGUUUCCAGAUCAUGGAGAAACUUUAUCAAUGAAGGGUUUGACCUUAAAUUGCAUGGAUCGUAAAUCUGAAGCAUAUGAACUUGUCCGGCUUGGCUUAAAGAAUGACCUAAAAAGUCAUGUUUGCUGGCAUGUUUAUGGUCUCCUUUAUCGGUCUGAUAGAGAAUAUAGGGAGGCCAUCAAAUGCUAUCGAAAUGCAUUGAGAAUAGAUCCAGACAAUAUUGAAAUACUGAGGGACUUGUCUCUCUUGCAGGCACAAAUGCGAGAUUUGACCGGUUUUGUUGAGACCAGACAACAGCUUCUAACCUUGAAACCAAAUCAUCGCAUGAAUUGGAUUGGUUUUGCUGUUGCUCACCAUUUAAACUCAAAUGCUUCAAAAGCAGUUGAAAUUCUGGAAGCAUAUGAAGGCACAUUAGAGGAUGAUUAUCCUCCAGAAAAUGAACGAUGUGAGCAUGGUGAAAUGCUUUUAUACAAGAUCUCUUUAUUAGAGGAAUGUGGCUCUUUUGAGAGAGCUCUUGAAGAGUUGCACAAGAAAGGGUCAAAAAUUGUUGAUAAGUUGGGGUAUAAAGAGCAGGAAGUCUCUCUUCUGGUGAAGCUUGGUCGCCUUGAAGAGGGGGCUGAAUUAUACAAGGUGUUGCUUGCCAUGAAUCCUGACAAUUACAGAUAUUAUGAAGGUCUACAAAAAUGUGUUGGGCUAUAUUCAGAAAAUGGCCACUAUUCUGCUGAUGAAAUUGAUAAGUUGGAUAGCUUGUAUAAAUCACUUGGGCAGCAGUAUACUUGGUCAUCUGCUGUUAAGAGAAUACCACUUGAUUUUCUCCAAGAAGACAAGUUUCAUGAAGCUGCAGACAAUUAUAUUAGGCCCCUCCUUACCAAGGGUGUUCCUUCAUUAUUCUCAGAUCUUUCUCCAUUGUACCACCACGCUGUCAAGGCAGACAUACUGGAAAAACUUAUUCUUGAGUUGGAGCGUUCAAUUAGGUUGACUGGGAGAUACCCAGGGAGGACAGAGAAAGAACCUCCUUCAACACUUAUGUGGACAUUAUUUUUCUUGGCUCAGCACUACGACAGGCGGAGCCAUUAUGAGAUUGCUUUAACUAAAAUUGAUGAGGCUAUAGAACACACUCCAACUGUGAUUGAUUUGUACUCGGUCAAGAGCCGGAUUUUGAAGCAUGCUGGAGAUUUGGCAGCUGCUGCAGCAUUGGCAGAUGAAGCAAGAUGCAUGGAUCUUGCUGACCGCUACAUAAAUAGCGAAUGUGUCAAACGUAUGCUGCAAGCUGAUCAGGUGGCUUUGGCAGAAAAAACUGCUGUGUUAUUUACUAAAGAUGGUGAUCAGCAUAAUAACCUUCAUGACAUGCAGUGCAUGUGGUAUGAACUUGCUUCUGGUGAGAGUUACUUCCGCCAAGGUGAGCUUGGACGGGCUCUGAAGAAAUUUUUAGCUGUCGAGAAGCACUAUGCUGAUAUUACUGAGGAUCAAUUUGACUUCCAUUCCUAUUGCUUAAGGAAAAUGACUUUACGUGCCUAUGUGGCAAUGCUUAAAUUUCAAGAUAGGUUACAUUCACAUGCAUAUUUUCACAAAGCAGCUGCAGGAGCUAUCAGAUGUUACAUAAAAUUGCAUGAUUCUCCCGCUAAGUUGACAAGUGAAGAAGAUGAUGAAAUGUCAAAGUUGCUGCCUUCUCAGAAAAAGAAAAUGAGACAAAAGCAGAAAAAGGCAGAAGCUCGAGCUAAGAGAGAGGCUGAGGUAAGGAACGAAGAAUCAAGUUCUAGUGGUGUUUCUAAGUCCGGAAAGCGACAUGUCAAACCUGUAGAUCCAGAUCCAAAUGGAGAAAAGUUAUUGCAGGUUGAAGAUCCAUUGUUGGAAGCUACCAAGUACUUGAAACUGCUUCAGAAGAACUCACCUGACUCUUUAGAGACUCACUUGCUUUCAUUUGAAGUAAACAUGAGAAAGCAUAAAAUUUUGCUUGCUCUACAGGCUGUGAAGCAAUUGCUAAGGUUGGACGCCGAAAAUCCUGAUUCUCAUCGCUGCUUGAUAAGAUUCUUUCAUAAAGUGGGCUCAAUGACUGCUCCUGUGACAGAUGCUGAGAAACUUAUUCGGUGUGUCUUAGAAGCAGAACGACCAUCAAUCAGUGAAUUGCAUGAGAAAUCUCUGAUCGAGGCAAACAAAUUUUUCUUUGAAAAACACAAAGAUUCUUUGAUGCAUAGAGCUGCAGUUGCAGAGAUGCUACAUGUUCUUGAACCAAACAAGAAAUCUGAGGCUAUCAAAUUAAUUGAAGAUUCAGCCAACAACCUUGUGCCAGUAAAUGGAGCACUUGGACCAGUAAAGGGAUGGAAACUCAAAGACUGCAUUGCAGUCCACAAACUACUGGAAACAGUUCUCGCUGACCAUGAUGCUGCAUCAAGGUGGAAAGUGCGUUGUUCUGAAUACUUCCCAUACUCUACAUACUUUGAGGGCAACUGCAGCUCUACCAUGCCAAACUCGGCCUAUAAUCAAAUAGGCAAGAACCACGAGAAUGGUAGUGCAAGCCUUCCUGGAGGUGGCAAACUUGCGGAUUCCAUUGCAUCAAAUGGAAAGCUAGAGGAGGCUUUUAAGGAGAUCACCAUCUAAAUAUGAUGCUGAAUGCACGCAGCAGUUAAUGCAGAAUUGCACUACGAUUUAAUGGUUAACUGGCAUAACCGAACAGCAGCAGAAAAGUACAUUUAGAGGACAUUUCUUUGCUGCUCCCUCAGAGGAAUCAUUUUGAGGUUGUGCAAGUGAUAUCUAUCCCCUCUGCUGUUGCUUUGAGAUCAAGGUUUCGAUUUUUCAGCAGUUCUACCGAGCCCAAUUGUUUAAAAUGCAUUCAUUUGCAAAUAUGUGUAACUUCAUUGUGUCUUAGGGUUCUAAUUUAUUUUAGUUUACUCAGAGGUGAGAUGUUAGACAAGGGUGGUUCUCUGGGUCUUUGCCAACAUUUCUGAGGUUAUUUUAUCUUUUAGGUCAGGGGGAGCACGACAGAAAUUUUUUUGAGCACUGGUCCUACAUCUGGUCAGCAUAGAACAAUUUCUUGUAGAGCUGAUCUCAAGAGCUUGUUGUACUUUUGCCCAUUCUAGUAACUGUUAUUUCAUGUAUAAACACUACAUAUUGUGAAAAAUUUUGCUACAAGAUUCAUACAAUAGCAUAGUUGUGUUCGUUUU